UACCCGUCGCGCAUCCUGGUGGAUCUCAUUGAUCGAGAUGGGAAGGAUGAACUCGUACAGAUACACCCUAGGACUGCUGUCUACCGCAGUUCUUGUGACAUUAGCCAUCACGACAGUCCAUCAGUUUGAUAUUUCAGAUUAUCUCUACGGGAUAGAUCAUGACUUGCAAGCAAGAGCACGCGCUGGAUUUGAAGCAGAAAGGUUUAUAUACCAAACAAGAGCUAGGUUUCAGGAUAGGUCAGACUCUAAAGAUGCCGCAUGCAGAGUCAAACCGGACAGACCCUGUCCACCGAGCAAGUACAGAACGCCUUCUGGUGUCUGCAACAACGUGAGACAUCCUGUUUGGGGUUCACGGGGUGCGCCCUUCUUGAAACUAUUGCCGCCAGCAUACUCCGAUGGAAUCGCGACACCACGGGAAUCGACAAGGAAUCACGUGCUUCCAACACCUAGCAAAGCAGUAUCGACGAUAAUAGACCGCCUGCAGCCUGUACCAGAGGCUCACGAGGGUUUGACGAGCUUCGCCGGUGUGUGGUCGGAAUUAAUACUCCAUGACAUCGCCUCCACGAUCCACCCGACUCAUCAACCCAAUCAAUGCUGCACAGGAAAAGCGAAGCAUCCCGAGUGUUACGAGAUCCGCGACGAAGAUGGCGGGUGCGCGAAUUAUUGGCGAUCAGUGCCGGGUCUGACAGUGCACAAAUGCAACUUCGAGACCAGAGAACAGAUGAACGGUGCGUCAGCCUACUUGGACGGUUCCCAUAUAUACGGGAUUACCGACGAGAGGCUCCAUCGACUCAGGACCUACACUCGGGGGAAAGUGGAUAUCUCCGCCUGCGAAAUUUGCAACAGCACCAACGACAAAGCCCUGGGCACGAUAUAUGCAGCGUUCUUGAAUGAGCACAACCGCAUAGCCGAGAAGCUGUCCGAAGCCAACCCCCAUUGGGACGAGACGAAGCUGUUUCUGGAAGCUCGUCGACUAGUCGUAGCUCAGAUUCAACAUGUCACUAUGAACGAGUACGUACCGAGUAUUCUUGGAGAAGGGGCUCGAACCGAUUCUGAGCUGAUGCCAGUCCCCAGCGGAUUUUACAACGGGUACUCGUCGUCCAACGUCGGAGGAACGUACGACGCUGUCGCAUUGGCGGCUCUCCGCGCUCUGGUGUCGCUCCGCAGACACGGGAUCAACGAUGCCACGAGUCUGGAGGACCACGUGGUCGCGUCAGCCAAUCGCGUGAACCUAGAUCUCAGCCGCUCUGCUUACGAGCCUCAGUUGGACGCGAACGCUCAUUUCGUUCACGUGGGCCGCGAUCAUGGGAUUCCUGGAUACGUCCAGUUCGUCGAUUAUUGUUCCGGAAACAAUUCCACGGUUCAGGACUUCAAAGAUUUGGGAAGCUUCAUGCGGCCGGUGCACGCGAAGCUGCUGGAAUCAAUUUACUCUCGGGUGGAAGACAUAGACCUCCUUCUGGGUGGAAUUUUAGAAAUUCCUACGAAGGGCGCAGCAGUGGGCCCAACGUUCGAAUGCCUCCUGAAGAAACAGUUAAUCAAAACUAGAAAUUCCGAUCGAUUUUGGUACGAGAACGACAUUCCCCCUUCGGGACUGAGCUCAGCCCAACUUGCCGAGAUAAAGAAAGUUUCGUUGGCUGGUAUCCUCUGCACGAACACGAACAUUCGUAGGAUUCAACCUAAAGCGUUCAUCCAACUCGAUCCGUACUUGAACGCCAGGAUCAGCUGCGACCAGCAUAGCGUGCUAGACAUAACUCCGUGGCAAGAGGAGCCUCUGCCGGAACCAGUUAAAGAAAAAGUCAUCGGAGCGCCUGUGAUUCCAGAAUUCGUACCUGAACUCAAUCCUAGCCUCUUGGCAGCGGCAGUGAAGAAAGCGGAAGCUGAUCUGAUCGAAAGGAAACAACUGGAAUACAACUCAUGGUUGGAGCAAAGAAUAGCAGACCCGAAAUCGCCAGCUGGCACGGCAGCUAGUUUUUCCAAAGCCAACAGAGACGCCCUGUUGUUAGCAAACUCGUCGAUCAUGUACGAGCUGGCUACCAAUGAGAUUUUGAACGGCGUGCACGGUCUGAAACGUAGGAAACGACAGGCUUUUGACACCACGGACAACAUUCUUGGUUUCCCCAACAACGACUUCUCCGAUUUACUGCAAAACGUUGACAUAUCCGGAUUCCUGACCCACAAUAAGCCGACGAACCACGAGGAAGUCGAGUGCCCAUCAGACGACAGCACCUGCGACCCAACCACACCUUAUAGAACCCUUUCCGGUCACUGUAACAACCUCCGCAACCCCAGCCUCGGGAAAUCAUUGACGACCUUCGCCAGAUUGCUACCUCCCGUCUACGAGGACGGAGUGUCGAAACCAAGGGUGACAUCGGUUACGGGAAUACCUUUACCCAACCCGAGAGUAGUGUCCACCGUGAUUCAUCCUGACAUCUCUCAUCUUCACAAUCGGUAUUCGCUGAUGGUUAUGCAGUUCGCUCAGUUUUUGGAUCACGAUCUCACAAUGACACCAAUCCACAAAGGGUUCGCCGAGUCUAUACCGAGUUGUCGUUCCUGCGACUCGCCUCGCACGGUACACGCUGAGUGCAAUCCUUUCCCAGUGCCUCCCGGCGACCAUUACUAUCCAACGGUAAACGUUUCCUCUGGCGCGCGAAUGUGCUUCCCGUCCAUGAGAUCGCUGCCAGGACAACAGCGUCUGGGGCCACGCGAACAGAUCAACCAGAACACUGGUUUUCUGGACGCUUCUGUGAUCUACGGAGAGAACACUUGUAUCUGCAACGUUCUUCGCGGCUUUAAUGGUCGCAUGAACGUCACGCAAAGUCCCCACCGCGGGUCGAAGGACCUUCUGCCACAGUCGGCGACUCACCCCGAGUGCAAAGCAAAGUCUGGAUAUUGUUUCAUCGGAGGUGACGGACGUGCGUCCGAGCAGCCAGCCUUAACAGUCAUGCAUACUUUCUGGAUACGCGAGCACAACCGAAUCGUGGAAGGUAUGAGACAGGUGAAUCCUCACUGGGACGGUGAGAAGCUGUUUCAGCAAACCCGUCGUAUCGUCAGUGCGCUGAUGCAACACAUCACGUACAACGAAUUUCUACCGAGAAUCCUCGGCUGGAACGCCGUCACUCUGUACGGAUUGAAGCUCCUACCUCAGGGCUAUUACAAGGAGUACUCGCCUACUUGCAAUCCGAGUGUCCUCACCGAAUUCGCCACAGCAGCUUACCGAAUUGGGCACUCGCUCCUGAGACCUCAUCUACCAAGAAUGGAUCGCAACUACCAGAACAUCGAACCGUCCAUUUUACUGCGCGACGGUUUCUUCGAUCCUGACGCGCUCUACCAGCAAAACAUGUUAGACGAGAUGAUUCGAGGAUUGGUGGCCACCCCUAUGGAGUCUCUGGAUCAAUUUAUAACCGGAGAAGUGACCAAUCAUCUAUUCGAAAUUCGUGGCAUUCCGUAUUCAGGAAUAGAUUUGAUAGCGCUGAACGUGCAUCGCGCCAGGGAUCACGGGAUACCGUCCUACAAUAACUACAGAGCUCUGUGCAAUCUGAAGAGGGCUACCACGUUCGAAGACUUGUCGAGAGAAAUGGCGCCAGAGGUCAUAGCUCGUAUGAAACGUAUCUACGCCUCUGUAGACGACAUAGAUUUAUUCCCCGGCGGAUUGAGCGAAAGGCCGCUUCAAGGAGGACUCGUCGGACCGACUUUUGCUUGCAUAAUAGCUAUACAAUUCCGGCAGGCGAGGAAAUGUGAUCGUUUCUGGUACGAAACGGACGAUCCGAAUAUCCGAUUCACCGAACAUCAAUUGGGGGAGAUUCGCAAGGUCACGUUGUCCAAAGUUAUGUGCGAUAACAUGGACGAGCAUAACGACAUGCAAAGAGCAGCGUUCGACCUGCCCAGUAAUUUCUUAAACCCACGCGUUCCAUGCAGUUCCAUGCCGCAGCUAGAUCUGUCCGCCUGGAGAGAAACGAGACACGGUUGCCAAAUCGGUGGAAGAAACGUUGCCUUGGGAGAGUCUGGGUUUCCCACACCUUGCACUAGCUGCGUUUGCACAGCCGAAGGCACUCAAUGCGCAUCUUUGAGAAUCACGGACUGCAAUCAACUUCUACGCGAAGCUUCUCGAGAAGCGAUCUUACGAGACGAUGUAUGCACCGCACAGUGUGGUUUCGUUUUGGCGGCCACAGAAACUACCUCGAGGUUUCAGCAGUUCACAACACCAACCAGUUUCCCUGGUUUCGCGCCGCACAGGAAUAGUCUACGAAGUGCACCAACACCGGUCUCCUUCAACGGUUUUAAAUUACCUGACCUCUCGCAGUUCAUAGGCUGAACGAGGAAAACAUCGGCAAAGACUUUUCAUACAAUUCGUUGCUUAUUAACUAUCACAUGCAAGAGACACGCUGUCUUCCUUCAAGAGACUGUACAACGGCAGUGACGUUCAGGAACGGUUAACAAGCAGUGCUCAUCGUUGAUAAUCGUAUCGACGAUUCAGUGACACGUUGCGUGUGCGUGUAUACUUUUUAAUGUCAUCCCUCGGAGAGAAGUCGAGAGUAUUCGGAAAUGUAAAGCUACACGAAUGCCCCAUAAAGAAUGUAUCGAGAUGUGCGCGUAUUGUAUUUAAUCCUAACCGGAAUUGAUUUGAAGGGAAUACCGUUUUUUUUUUGUUUUGUAACAAUUACCUCUCAGUUUUUUUAUUUGUUAUGUUUACUAGUAUUAUUGUAUAGAUUGUAAGAAAUAUGUAAUUUACGAGAGAAGGCGUACUCUUGAUACCAUAAAGUGGUCAGUACACAAUCCGUAUAAAUAGAAAGCUGUCAUUGCCAGUUUGAAGGAAAAAUUGUACAGUGAUCUCGUAGAACAUAAUUGCGACGUGAAGGCAAACAGGACUCCAAUAAAUUGUCAUGACACUUGUUGACGUUGUGACAUUGUUAGAAAGAGGGGUUACAUGUGAAUAUUGUACUGGGCGGAUGAGUGAUACGUGUUUUAAGGAACUGCUCUAUCACUGUACUAGGUGAAUCGUUUUUAUAUUUGUACAGUAAUUAUUACGCAAAAUAACAAAUGCGAACACAAAAUUUCAUUUUGAAUUGUCUUUCUUUCUGUCAUUACAUCCUCUAUCUAAUUUUGUAGUAUAAUAAUGGCAUGUAUAACGUUAAUAAAUGUUAAUGUUUCUUUUUUUUUUCUUCUUUAUAAUAAA